AUGGAGGAUCAUAGGCAAGCAAAAAGCAUCAUAAUUGGGGAAUUAAUAAAGAAUAAGUACAAGUCAGUCAAAAGAAAUUAUACUCCAAAUGACAUCAUGAAUGACAUGAAUGAUGACUUUGGAGUAACCAUGGGAUACACAAAAGCAUGGAGAUCAAGAGAAAAAGCUUUGCUUCUAGUAAGAGGGAACCAUGAUGAUUCAUAUCAAAAGUUGCCAAUGUAUCUUCACAUGUUGAAGCAAGCAAAUCCAGGAACAGUAACACAUCUGCUCACAGACAAUGAAGAUAGAUUCAAAUACUUGUAUAUAGCUUUCUCCAAUUCAAUCAAAGGUUGGAGAUACUUGAGGCCUAUCAUUGUUGUUGAUGGAACUUUCUUAAAAAAUGCACAUGGCGGCACACUAUUUUCAGCAUCAACAUUAGAUCCAAACAACAACAUUUUUGUCUUGGCUUUUGGAAUAGCAGACUCAGAAAAUAAUAACUCUUGGCUUUGGUUCUUCUCCAAACUAAGAGACACAUAUGGAGAACCCGAAGGAUUGGCUAUUGUUUCUGACAGACACAAGAGCAUAGAGAAUGCAGUACAUAUAGUGUACCCAAAUGCGUUCCAUGGAGCUUGCAUGUAUCACUUGCUCAAUAAUUUGAAAAGCAAGUAUGGAAACCAUGGAGAACAGCUACAAAUGAAUUUCAUUGCAGCAGCAAAAGCAUGCACAAAAACAGAAUGUGAACACUACAUGAGAAGCCUUGAUAGACUUGACAGGCGCAUUAGACCCUAUUUAGAGAAAGUCAAAUAUGAAACUUGGGCAAGAUCAUACUCACCAACAAAAAGAUACACCAUGAUGACAUCCAACAUCGCAGAAUCGCUCAACGCUGCACUAAAAGCUGCAAGAAAUCUCCCUAUUGAUAUAUUGGUUGAAUGUCUUAGAAGUUUGGUUCAAAAGUGGGUUUGGAACAAUUCAAAUAAUGCAAAUGGAACAUUCACAAAAGUGUCUACAGCAACAGAAAAUGAAUUGAGACAUGACAUUGUUUCAAAAAUGAAGUAUGAGGUCUUGUCUUUCAACCCAAUAGAAUAUCAAGUUCGUGAUGAAAAAAGGACCAAUUUCACAGUAAAUAUUCACAAUAGAACUUGUACAUGCAAUAGGUUUCAAGAAGAUGAAAUGUCUUGUGGGCAUGCAAUAGCUGUAAUUGCAAAGAGAAACUUGGGAGUAUAUGAUUACUGUGCAAAGUUUUACAAAACAGAAACUUUGAAAGCAAUGUAUGAAGAAAAUGUUCAUCCUUUGCCCCAUAAAGAUGAAUGGAAUCUACCACAACACUUAGACAUAGUGGUGCUACCUCCAAAGGCAACAAUCCCUGCAAGAAGACCAAGAAAGAAAAGAAUAAGAUCAAGAGGAGAACCAAAAGUGAUAAUCACAUGUGGUAAAUGUGGCCACCAGGACAUAACAGGAAGACUUGCAGGAAUCCACCAAUUGACAAGGCAAACAAGCAGAAAAAACAAAAGUCAUAGCUUGAUAUAUUACAGAAAAACAACCAUAUCAUAG